ACCUCCCUCCAGUGCAUCGUCCCAGCACUUGGAGGAGGGAAACAUGAGGUGGUUGUGAGGGAUGCAGUGUAUGGAGACUCCAACAACUUGUCCAUCUCCCUCAUCUUCUCUCUCACCACACUCACUCCCUCCUCAGGUUCUACAUGAAGGAGAACGAGGUGAGGACCAUCGCAUCAGUCUCUGAGGAUGGCCUGGAGGUCACACUGACAGAGGCACUGGAGCACACCCACCUCUCCGUCACCCAGACUCUGGGGGGACACACAGUGGAGACACAUGCAGAGGUGGGACUCCUCACCCACAAUGUCAAGAUCCAGGGAAAUGUUGGCACCGACUUCAGUGUGGCUAUUGAGGGCUGUGACACUGCUUUUAGGCCUGACCAGCACGCCACCCAGUCAUGUUUCAAUGGUCGACAUGGAGACGAGAUUGGCGGUGACCAAUUUGGCGCCACCGUGAUACUGUCUGGAAAGUUCCCUGACCUGGACUUGGUGAUGGGAUGCAUUGAGUACGUGGAGGUGACCAAGGCUGGUCAGGCAUUCCAACUUGGGCGGUACCCACUCCACUUCCACCUGGCUGGGGACAUGGGUGGUUCGUACAUCCGCGGGUGCUCCAUCCACCACACCUACAACCGUGCAGUGACAAUGCACGCAACAAACAACCUGCUGGUGGAGCAUAAUGUGGCGUACAACAACAUGGGUCACGCUAUCUUCACAGAGGAUGGGGUGGAGCAGAAUAGUGUGGUGCAGUACAACCUUGCAGUCUACACCAGGACCUCCUCUUCCCUUCUUAAUGUGGAUGUGACACGCUCCUCAUUCUGGGUGGUGAACCCAAACAACAUUUUCCGUCACAAUGCAGCUGCCAGUGGAACACACUUUGGUUACUGGUACAGGCUGGACCACCACCCCUCGGGCCCAUCCACCACCAACAUCUACUGCCAGAACACUGAACAGAUGGGACUCUUCUUCAAUAACACUGCACAUUCCAUGGGAAGGUAUGGUCUGUGGGUGUUCUCCAAUCCAGGAUAUCACCCAAAGUCCGACAUCUGUGGAGGCAGGGACGUGGUGGCCAAGUGGGAAAGCUUCACCGCGUGGCACUGUGAGCGGGGUGCCGAGGCAGUAUCUGGCACUAAGCUGCAGUUCCACAACUUUGUGAUGCUUGAUAACCAACAGGCUGGCAUGGAGAUGGUGUCUGUGAAGGAAGGGUUCGGACAGGAUGACAGCCCUGGCAUCUUCAAUUCCCUGGUGGUGUGUCACUCGGCCCUCAACUCCAGUGCCUGCACCUCAGGAACCAGUGGUAUUGUGGCGCCCAAGACCCAGAUCUUUAGUAUCUCCAAUGUCACAUUUGUUAACUUUGAUGAGGGUGGAAGUGCUGCGCUGUCUGGCUGUUCUCAGUGCAGGAACUACCAGGGAGGCUACAGGGCACAGGUUAAGGGUCUGGCCUUUGAGAAUUCACCCAACAAGAUCAGGUUUCAGUGGGAACACGAGACAAUCUGGAUAGACGCUGAUGGCUCUCUGACGGGCGAACCGGAGGCGAAUGUUGUUCCCACAAUGGGCAUCUUACCAACUGAUUCCUGCACUCAAGAAGCAGCAUUCUCUGUCACCAAGAAUGUGCCAGGAUCAGUUUGUCGAGGGGCUAUGAAAUUCCUGCGAGUGGCCAUCACCAAUCCGAGCCCUUCCUCACUGCUUGGCAAGGACCUGGUGGUAAGCAACGACUUCGGCGCCACCCACAUCCCUUACCUCAUGCUCCGUAUUGGUGGUGCUGGCUGGAUGGGGCUUGUCUACACUGGUGCCACUUUUGACUUCAACUUUGAAAAUGCUAAUCAGUUCGUCAACAUGUCAUACAAGACUAACACAAAAUUCGUGACAAGAAAUGACUACUAUUUUGUGAAACACACACUCACCCAGACACCUGACAGAAUUGAGACGACCAAGGGUGAGAGGGAGAGCCUGGAGUCCCUGCCUGACCCCACCACAAACAUUCAUGGGGACUUCUACUGGGACACAGACUCAAAGGAACUCACGUACAUGGUGUCGCACAGUAAAAAGACUACAAAAAGGCAUGGCAACAUGGUCUUUGAUGACCGAGUUCCUGGUCAAUCAAGGCAGAUCAGUUUCAGUGUGUAUAAGUGUCAGCACAAAGGAUGUUCUGCACCUGACCCUAGACCAGUCCCCACAACACAUCCAGACGCACCUUUCUGCUGGUCUGAUGUGGAGACAUGGAAGCAUAUGCCAGUCAGUACUGGUGGCCACCCAACAGAGGCAGAAUACAGCCUGCCCGUGGAGGGAGAUGAGAUUGUGAUUCCUGAGAGCAUGUGGCUCGUUGUGGACACGGCCACACCCAAGCUUGGCCGUGUCUUUGUGUAUGGCACCAUUGAGUUUGAUGACACGAUGGACCACAGAUUUGAGGCCACCAUUAUUUACAUCCAGGGAGGCUCUUUAGUGACUGGCUACUCCUCAGACACUCCCUUCACCCACAGUCUCAUCAUUCGCCUGAUGGACCCUGAAGAUGUUGAUGCCUAUAGCAUGAACCUGGGCUGGAAAACUAUAGGUGUGUUUGGCUAUCUCAGGCUGCAUGGGCAGGUGUGGAGGAGAUCAUGGCACAAGCUUGGGGCCACAGUGGAGGUUGGGACCGGCCACAUAACUCUGGCCGAGGAUCCUGAUGCUUCCUGGCUCAAUAAGGAGGUGGUUGUGACAACAACAGGAAAAGAGGCAACAGAGAGCGAAGUGAGGCGAGUGGUAGCAAUCAAUGGUGCCACACUCACCCUAGACUCAGCACUCAAAUUCCAGCACCUUGGGGAGAUACACACGCUGUCAGACGGCACUUCCAUCACACUGGCUGGGGAGGUCGGUCUCCUGAGCCAGAACAUUGCGGUGGAAGGAAUCACGGAGAACAGCAACGGGGGAAGAAUUCUGGUCUCCACAGUCUUCCAGAAUGGCAAGCAUUAUGUUGGUUCGGCCCAAGUGGAUGGCGUGGAGUUCCGUAACAUGGGGCAGGAAGGCUUCACCGACAUCACUGACCCACGCUACUCCAUUGCCUUCCUUGGCCUUGAUGCCAUUGAUGACCAUUCUAGCUACGUCAAGAGAUGCCUGCUGAAGUUAAGGGAGGAAAGGACCAGAGGAUGGAUCAUAGUGCCACUUUGGCCAUCACAACCGUGGAUGGGGGUGCUCCUUCGGAUGCUAGUAGACGACCCUCGGGUCAUACAGAGAAGGAAAAAUGUGCUAAUGCAUCCGUCAACUGCUGAGGAACACCCAAUAAUGAAACACACAAAUUUGAUGGCUUGUCAGUUGUCCGGAAACAACUUGGAGAACGUGGCAUAUCUAAAGAAGGUACGGAAAUCAUUAUGGCCUCUUGGAAACCAGCAACAGGUAGACAAUACAACACUCACAUCAAGAGGUGGACACUCUUUUGUAGUAGAGGGAACAUUAAUCCCAUUGCACCAUCUAUAGCAGAUAUAUUAAACUUUCUAUCUCGUAACUUUCAAAGGAAUGUGGGUUAUGAAAGCAUUAACACGGCGAGAGGGACUCUAUCUGCAAUAGGAAUUAUGGUGGAAGGCUGCAGAGCGGGCAAUCACCCACUUGUCAACAGAUUUCUGCGGGGAGUCUUCAACUUAUGCCCUUCUACACCCAGGUACGCAACGACCUGGGAUGUGAAACUUGUAUUACAAAAGAUAAGACUCAUGGAACCACUACACAGCCUAACACUGAAAGACUUAUCGCUAAAAAUGGUGAUGCUGAUGGCAAUGACACAAGCAGCCAGGAUCCAAACUUUGCACUUAUUGUUGGUGAAUAUGGCAUUUGGAGAAGAAUCUGUUUCAGUUUUGUUAGGAGGUAACAUCAAGCAAUGCAGGCCAAAAUUUAAUGUUCGUACUAUUGUAUUUAAAGCUUAUCCUCAGGAUUACAGAUUGUGUGUAGUUAAGGCUAUGAAAGAAUAUAUAGAAAGAACUGAGAGGCUAAGGACAGAAUCUGGAAAUGCAGAUGGGAGACUACUCAUAAGUUAUAUAAAACCCCAUAGGGGUGUUUCUAAGGACAUGGUGGCAAGGUGGCUUAAGACCAUGUUAUGUAAGUGUGGGAUUGAUACCAAGAGGUACACAGCAGGUAGUAUUAGACCUGUGUCAGUGUCUAAGGCCAAGGCACUGGAUGUGCCUAUUGCCACCAUCAUGGCAAAAGCUGGUUGGACGCAGGAAGCCACAUUUGCUAAAUAUUAUAAUAAGGAUAUACAAGGGGAAAUAGACCCUUUUUCAAGAAGCAGUGCCAGGCUCAGUAUAAUGUAAGGUUUGAAAUGUUAUCAGCAGUAAAAAUCAUGUUCUAUUUUCAUAAAUGACAAUGGGGUUUUUGUAAUAGGAACUUUUAUUUACACCUAUUUACAAAAUGUGAAAUUUGACAGAACCCUUUACAUACAACACCCACAUGACUUUAAAAUCUCAUGUGAACGGCACCAUCUAGCAGACACGUGAUUUGCCGAAGUAAAAUUACAGAAGUACAUGAGACUUACCGUAGGUUAGUUGAAAUGUGCUUCGGAUUUUGCGAGGCACAUCACGUCUGCUAGAUGGUAGAGUUCACAUGCCCUCCACUCCC